CCACCCCCGUUGGCAGCUGGUGCAAGCAAGAAACGCUCCUCCCUUCCCUCGUUCUUCUUCCUCGGCCCACCCCGCGACGACGAAAAGCCUAGUUUGAAACGCCGAAAGCGACGCCCUUCUUCCCCGUUCAAAGCAAUCGUGCUCCCCUUUUCUCCUCCCCCUUUCCACCAGCUGCACGCGUACGGGCCCGCCCCAAACACCAAGCUCGAUCUUGGUCUCCAGCAUAACCAGAAGAAGAGGGGGGGGGGGGGGGGUGCUCCGGAUCCCAUGGCGCCGGUGGUGUCGGCGCUGGCCAAGUACAAGCUGGUGUUCCUGGGCGACCAGGCCGUGGGCAAGACGGCCAUCAUCACCCGAUUCAUGUACGACAAGUUCGACGACACCUACCAGGCGACGAUCGGGAUCGACUUCCUCUCCAAGACGAUGUACCUCGAGGAUCGCACCGUCCGCCUCCAGCUCUGGGACACAGCUGGGCAGGAGAGGUUCCGCAGCCUGAUCCCGAGCUACAUCAGAGACUCCUCCGUGGCCGUCAUCGUUUACGAUGUGACUGACACGCAAUCCUUUUUGAAUACGUCAAAGUGGAUCGAGGAAGUGAAUACACAAAGAGGCGGCGAUGUGCUCAUCUUCCUUGUCGGAAAUAAAACUGACCUUGUCGACAAGAGGAAAGUGUCCACUGACGAAGGAGAAGCCAAAGCACAGGAGCAUGGCGCCAUGUUCAUAGAAACCAGUGCAAAAGCUGGGUUCAACAUCAAGGUUCCCACUCCUGAAUACAACCUCUGUUCCGCAAGAUCGCUGGAUCCCUUCCUGGAAUGGACGCUCUCUCGUCAGCAAAGCAGGAAGACAUGGUGGACAUAAACCUCAGGCCUUCCACUGGGUCGUCAGCUUCAGGCUCAGCUUCGCAGGCGGAGCAAAAGUCAGGUGGUUGCUCUUGUUGAGACUUGCAGAGUUUUGUGUUCAGAGAAGCUGCAGUAGUAGGGAUACAACAUUUGAGUUAAUACUUCCGUAGAGAUGAAGAGUAAUAUUCAUGGGGAAGAGGCCAAUUUCUGUGUACAAAUAUUUUUGUGAAGUUGCCAUACAUAACUUUUUUUGGAACCCAGGAAUAUGAUCAAAUCUGUGAAAGCUAACA